GUGUUUAUUUUCUAUUUGAUUUGUGAAAUAUCUACAAAAUUUUAAUCAUAAUUACAUUUUAGUAACUUUUUAAAAAUAAUUAUUGAUUUUCUUUAAUUACAUUACUCUCUUUUAUACUAAAAAAAAUGAACUGAAGCAGUAUAAGUUGUAGAAUUGUGUAAUGAGGUGGUACGGGCAUGUCUUUGUUCAAAUUAGAGACCAAGGAGGCUAGUAUUUCAGCCGAGAAUUGCCACGAUAUUAUUGAUAAUGUUAUCAGUAAAGUUGAUUCUAAUUCUAAAACCGAAAUUGAACAUUCCGAAGAUAAUAACAAAAAUAAAAACAUACAAGAAAAUAAGGAACUUCCUACCAUAACCAUAAGAAUGCUGAAUUUUUGUAGAGAACUUGCAAUUUUUUGUCUUGUAAUGAUGACAUAUGUUGCUUUUAGUAAAGACCCACCAAAAAUAUCCAAGGCACCUGCAGCAUAUCGUUUUUUUCCUGAAAAUUCAAUUGUUACUGAUUGGUAUAGAGGACAGAUAAGCAAAGCUAUAGAACAUGCUAGAUCUAGUGAUAUUGCAUUUGUAAUGUUUUAUGCUCCUUGGGAUGCAGAUAGCCAAAAAGGAAGAAACGAAUUUGAGAAGGCUGCUGAGUACAUGCAGGCAUAUGUAAGCUUUGUGGCUGUAAAUUGUUGGCAACCUUUGGGAGAAUGCAGAACACAAUACAACAAAGUUUAUAAAUGGCCUGUUCUCAUUGCUUACCUACCUCAUGGAAGAGGUGUACAAUACAAUGGUCCAUUAAGUGCUCCACAUUUUAUUCAGUUUCUGAAGAAAGUUUCUAAUCCUAUCAAACAUUUAGGAAAUGAGGGCAUAAGGGAUUUUCAGGAUGCUUAUGUUAGGGCAGAAAUGAAUGUGUCACCAGGAAGCCUUGAUUUCGCUGUGUAUUAUACAACAGCACUUAGAUAUUUAGAGAAAGAUCCACAAUAUAGAGUUACCUUUUAUAUAACUCCUUCUUAUGUUACAACACCAUCAUUGUCUCUAUACAUGUGGAACGAAACUUUAAUGUUUCCUUCUCACGAACUGCCAUGGACAUCUGAAGAGAUUUUGAAAUGGUUAUUUAAAAACGUCCACCAAAUCACGUCAUGGGUCUUGCCUAGUGGAUCUAAAAGUGUCGCCUUAUCGAGUAGUAUGCAAAACGGAUCUAUUCUUAUUCUGUUUACUCCGAGAAAUCCGUUGCAUAACAACAUUGAUUAUUAUAACCUGGGAGAUAAUUCCCGCUGGCUUCCUAAGAUUUUCGUAAUCGGAAGGUCAGAUCUGGACCUCUGGAGAGCAGCUACGGCAAGGAAAAAAAACAGGCCUGGAACCAGGUAUAACCGGACUAGGUUUCAAGUUAAUCGACACUUCUUAUUCAAAUUUAAAAAAAAAACAAAAGCAAAUUCUUCCCCCGACUUCUGUUGGAAUCCCAAAGCUGCAAGAAAUAGCCCAAGAAUAUUUUACGUGUGAAGAGAAUAUUGUAGCAAAUAUACUUGCUGUUCAUCUUAAGUUGAGACGAACAGCAAAUUCCUUGAUACAUAAACACUUAAAAUCUACCUGCAAUCUAAAAUCGAGAGUAUUUAAUCAAAAAACAAUUUUCCAAACAAAAACAGUUUGGGCAAAUGCUUCAGCAUGUUCACAGAAGCCCAAGCCACAUGAUUGUGAUUUACUGGUAGACAAGAACAUACAGCACUAUUGUGCUGACUUCAAGACUGAAACUUGUUUAGAAUUAUUUCCUAAAAUUGUAGAUGAUUUUCCUUGUAAGGAAAAAGUUAAAAUUGCUGAUGAUAUAUUAAAAACUUCUAUGAUUACAGGUGUAGGUGACUAUAGAUCUCCAGAAAAUCUCCAAAAAGUUUUACACAGAGAAAGAUGUAAACAAUUCAUAGCAGCCGAAACGUAUCAUCCCGCAAUAUUUUCGAAAAACUUUCCUUCAGAGAAAAAUAUUAGUAUUGCAGGAUUGUCUUGUAGAAGUAACAAAAGUUUGUCAUUUGUAGCAAUGGACAGUCUGCUCCAUUAUUAUUUUGCUCGCCAGCUUGGAAUCGAUUUGAACAACGAACCAGAUAAAAGCGCUGUAGUCAUUUUAAAUGACAAGAUGGAAUCUCAUUAUGUACUCAGAAAUCCAAUUACAAGCGAGACCAUUAAAGAAGUGAUUUCAAAUUUAACUAAAAACCAUUUAAAUAGAUCCUUCAGUUCAGUAGCUACUUUAACACCGCCUUCUCGGGAAAAAAUACAAGUUAAGACGGAAGUUAUCGUUACUGAACUAUAUACUGAUACAUUCCUACCAACUAUAUUAGAGAAAGAUAAGACCGUUGUAGUGUUUUACUAUACCAAGCAAUGUUCAUUCUGCAAUGGCAUUUCUUACAUAUUCCUGACAGUAGCAAGAAAAUUUUCAUUGAUGUCAAAUUUAAUAUUCACUCGUAUUGAUGGAGACAUUAACAUCCUCCCAUGGGAAUACACGAUGGAAACGUAUCCCACUAUUCUAUUCUUUCCUGCCAAGAGGAAAUCUGAAAGUCGGGUGUUCCCUUCGGGUAUUUCCAUAACUGUACCAAAUCUAAUCAAUUUUUUGUUGGUUAAUUUGGAACCUAAUUUAAAAAUACAAGCAUUGUGGUCCAUGUGUGUUCAAACUAAACUCUCCAAAGAACAAUCAUUUUGUUAUUCAACACUGUUGGAAGAAACACUGAACUUGAUAAACGACACUUUAAAAGAAUGGAGAAAAACUCACAAACUACAACGCCAAAUUCUGUUACAUAGACUAAAGGCACUUCGUCAGUUACACUUAUUAUUUGCGCAUAGUCCCAACAAACACAUUGCUAUCAGUGAUUAUUUAAAAAAACUGGAUAUGAACGUACGACAUACUGAAGACUUUUACGUUACUAAAGAGAUUAAAUAUACUAGAUAUGAAUUAUAGCAUAUAUUUAUUAAAGAUAAUACAUGUGAUCACUAGGAUAAGCUAAAGAUUUUGUUAACUAUUGUUUGUUUUAAAGUGAACACAAGUUUACUGGCUAACUCUCCGAGCAGACUUAGCAUGUUUGGUAAAAACUAUUUCAUUUUGAUAUUGUUAUAUCUCUAACAAAAUAACUUUCCCGUUUAAACGUACACACGGUAGAAACAACUUAUUGAUGCCAUCAUAACUGACAUAUAGUGAAAUCCAGAAUGAAUUUAAAUGUUAAAUUAGUAUGUUUAAAAUAUUGCAGUAACUGUUAAAGUUAAAGGUCCAUUAAUAAAGUUUGACAGUGCCCAGCUUUCGAAAACUGGUUAUCAUUCUUAAAUAUUUAAAAAUCAAAUAAUCAUUCCAAUGCAGUAUUGUUUCAUUCUGUAUAAAAUUAGAAUUUGUAAUCUUGUUAUUCAAUUCAGUAAAUAUUAUGUUUAGAAAAAAAGAAUUUCAUUUCAAUGUUCUGGGCUUAUUAAUGGCAUAUGAUUAAUUGUUUAUAUAAUUUCAUAUUUCAUAUCGACAUUAAAAUGUUAAACAUGUUGUGUAUAUAAUAAAAUAUUUUCUGUU